CUGUUUCCUGCAAAUCUUGUUACUGCAGCUUUCCGAACGUAUGCGACAAAAUAUGAGAUGCUGCUCAGAAACACUACCUCUGGAAAUGUCACGCAGGAAAAGAUCCCUAUUGGUAGAGAGAUUGAAGGGAUGAAUAUCCUGGGACUGGUGCUGUUCGCUCUGGUUUUAGGAGUGGCGCUGAAAAAGCUUGGCCAGGAAGGGGAAGAUCUGAUUCGCUUCUUUAAUUCAUUCAAUGAGGCAACUAUGGUCUUGGUUUCCUGGAUUAUGUGGUAUGUACCUAUUGGCAUUACGUUCCUUGUUGGGAGCAAGAUCGUGGAAAUGGAAGAUAUUGUACUUCUGGUGACCAGUCUGGGAAAAUACAUUUUCGCCUCUAUUCUGGGCCACUUCAUCCAUGGAGCAAUCAUUCUGCCGCUUAUAUAUUUUGCAUCCACGCGUCAAAAUCCAUAUCGUUUUCUCUUAGGACUUAUCACACCACUUACCACUGCUUUUGCAACUUCCUCCAGCUCAGCCACUCUCCCAUCGAUGAUGAAGUGUAUUGAGGACAACAAUGGAGUCGACAAGAGGAUCAGCAGGUUUAUCCUUCCUAUCGGGGCAACUGUAAACAUGGAUGGAGCUGCUAUUUUUCAGUGCAUGGCAGCUGUGUUUAUUGCUCAGCUGAACAAUGUUGACCUCAACCCUGGGCAAAUCUUCACAAUUCUUGUGACAGCUACCGCAUCCAGCGUGGGUGCAGCCGGGGUCCCAGCCGGAGGAGUCCUCACCAUUGCUAUCAUCUUGGAGGCCAUUGGACUUCCAACCAACGAUCUCUCCUUGAUAUUAGCGGUGGACUGGAUUGUGGACCGAACCACCACAGUUGUGAAUGUGGAAGGGGAUGCCUUAGGAGCAGGCAUCCUUAAUUACCUGAAUGAAAAAGAAAAGAAAGACAAAGAGCAGGAGCUAAAGGAAGUCAGCGUAGAAGCAGUUGCUAACAGCAAGUCUGAAGGGGAAACAUCGCCUUUGGUAACCCACAAAACCCAAGUCUCCAACACAACCAGCACAGCAGACCCUGAAUCCAAGGAAUCAGUAUUGUGAACUAGAGGCCAUUCAUCAACACACGUCCUAGGGGUGGACCGGGGACUUGUUAACACGCCCAGACGUUUGCAGUGCUAACAAGGGCUGCGUGGCUCUUGCAAGUUUUCAGUUCCAGUCUGUUUUGAAAUACGCUGGCCUGGGGAAGGGGAGGGAGGUGGGGUGGGCAGAGAAUGGGUAUUGAGAAAGAACACUCGCUUUAUAAUAGUAUUUUGAUAAUCAUAUGUAUACAUCUAUAUGUGUUGCACAUGCACACACAUAUACAUGUAUGUGAAAACAAUGCCAUUGAGGAUUCUGGUUUAACAAGACUUCUGUUAGUAAAGGAUCAUAUAGGUUGAAAUGGGGAAGUAGACAAACACAGUACAUGCUUAUUGUAAGGAAAAAUUAAUAAGCUUAUUGUGCUGCUCUUUGAAUGGAGAUGCAGUCUAGAAAAACCAGAGUGGAUGAAAAUGUUGCUUAAAUUUAUUUUCUGGCCUGAAAACACUUACUGACCAUUACAGACACGAUACAAAGCAACAUUUUGAUCCCACUCCCCUUGCUCUCCUGUUCUCUGAUCCCUUAAAAAUGUCAAAGAUAUUCUGAAACCUAGCUGCUUCUUUUUAAUUUUUUUUUUUUUUUUUUAUAUCUGAUUAAUAGCUUAUAGGAGUCCAACCCUUGUUCCGUUCCCCACUGCAUCGCAGCUCAUAGCAGCUUUCCUGCCUUUUGGUGAGUAACUCCCAAACUUUGGGACUAAACAGAUCAAGGACUCGUUUUCUCCUUUCCUCUAACCAAGCUGUUAAGGAAAAAAUUCAGAGGAAACACUAUUUUUGUUUAAGUAAUCCCUCUGGGGCUGAAAACCCCCUGUUACAGCAUAAAUAUGUCUGAAAGAGGCUUGCCUGUGACAUCAUCAAGAAGUCCUUCGUGAAAAUAUGCGUGCUCCUUUACUAGCACUCCAUGUCCUGCUUAUGUUUAUUGAAUGGGUCAGUUCAAGCAAGUUAAGUCAUGUCCAUUUUCCAGCAAAAUUGAAUGGGAUGUGGGGGAAAUCUGAAUACCCAUCAUGUGGGAACUGAUGACAGGCAAGUCUGAGUGUUGGCUUGAAAGGGGAAGAGAAGAGGUGAGUUUAUGACCCUGUGUAGUUCAGUGAUCUCCAUGUGUUGGGACAGCUGCAUACCUGUUCCUGCUAGGAGUUUGGUCCUGCUAUAAAUGUCCUUCUGGCAGCAGCUUACACUUAGUAAUUCUGGGUGGUGCUGGGCCAGGGUAAUGCUUAGUGGCAGAUGGUAACCUGUGCUUGAGGCUGACCCACGUGCUUCUGGAUUCUGACUCCACCUUUUUUCCUUUACAACAUACAGCUUGAAUUUGUACCCCAAACCUGAACAAAGUCCAGCAAACUCAUUGCAAAGAUCCUGUUGUUUUAUCUUGGCUUUUUGGACAGCAAAUAGUUACAAAGUUAUGUCUGUGCAUAUGCCAAGAUCAGCCUGGACUUGUGACGCUUUUCCCUUGGCUGCUUUAGCAAGGUGGUUUCAUAUGGUCAGUCUCCACCCUGUUAAUUCAGCAAUAUAUAUUUACACUUAGCCUUGAUGUAAAGUAAUGUUAAGUCUCCCUUUUUCUUUCUCCUUUCUUGCUUCAGAGGAAGCUAUCUUGGAAAGAUAUCCAGUUGCUGAUGUUUGUGUUCACAGCACUAGGAAGAGGCAGCUCCAAUUUCAUAGCAGCAGCAGCCUUCAUUUGCAAAGCAUCCUUCCUGGUAAAGGGACACAAUGAAUUUUGCAAAAAGAUGUUCAGAAUAAGGUGUGGCUACCUCUGAGGGAAAACACAGUGAGUGCAUCAUUACCGGCUGUUUAAUCUUGUGCAGCAGGGCUAGGAAAGAACAUCAACCCACUGAGAAAGGAAUUUCUUUUAAAUCUAUAACCAUGUCCAUGAAACUUGGUCAUUCCUUGACUCUUCUUCAAAAUGGAAGGAGACAAACACACAAUUUUCUAGGGUCAUCCUUUGCCCAGUAUUUAUUUCAUUUUUAACAGAUCAAGACCCACUGAAACUUUGCAUUUCUUCCCAUUAGAAUCUUCCCAACUCCUUUCAACUCAGGAAACCAGAAGUGUGCUUUAUAGCUGACAAUGAAAGUCAACAAAUAAGAGGUGUUUUGCAAAAUGGUGGAGGUUUGAAAAAUGGUUCUCAACAAAAGCUUUUUUCUUCUUUUUUUUUUUUUUUAAACAAUUCUAAGUAUUUCUUUGAAAACUCUGAAUGCACCAGAACCCCAAAUACUUAGAUUUUAAAGCAGUAUAUGGAUGUCUCAAGGAAGCUGAAAAUCAUGACUGUUCCCUGUGGGCUGGGUUCUGCAGUUGCAUUUUAUCCCCCAUCAGACAUUUAGCCCCUCUGACGCUCUCUUUCACCAUGACACAAGCAGAUGGGAUCAGGACAUGAGAGCAGGCAGCACUCAAAUGACAAUUACAGUGAAGCAUCACAGCACCACGUUGGACUAGAACAUUUCUCAGUUUUUAUUUUUUUCACCCCAAAGCUGUUGCUGCCCACAGGUAAAAGUACUUGCCUAAGCAAGUCCAAAGGCUGGGCUUCCUUGCAGGCAGCACCUUGCCAUUGCUGUUAUUUAUCUUUCUUCCCUGUGAUGCUGCAGCUUGAAUGCACCUCGUCCUUGUAGCAGCGUGCCAUAGGCUGUGGCACAUUCUUUCUGACAGUGGAUCCCAGGAAAUGGUAACCAAUACCUCAGAGUCUUCUUAGUAUUUUCCAGCAGCAAUACAGAAGCUCUAAGUCUUUGCUGAAGAAUGCCUCUCCCAGUCCCCACUAGUGGAUUGCCACAUUUUGCAUCAAUGUGCAUGUCUAGUCCCAUGUAAAGCUUGUUAGAGCAGUCAGAUUUAAGGAGGCCAGAUCAUUCUUGUAGCAGGAAUUUAACCAAGGAAAUCUAACACUCCUCCUGGAAACAGGUGCCAUAGGAUUUAUGUGAACCAGGAAUAUUUGCGUCUUAACCUGCCAGAAAUCUUACAGAAGCCCUACUUCAGACUUACAAAGGUGCCAGUUUUUUUGUUGUUCGUGCACAGCAAGAGGGAUCCCAGAGUUUUCCGUGGAAGCAGGAACGGUGGCUAACUACUGCUUGUCAGAACAUCUUGGUCUUUUCUAUAUCAUCUGUGUCAGAAAUUACAUUUUUUGUUCCCAUUCCUCACGAUGGCUGUCCUGCAUCUUCUAGGGUUCUCCACCUGGCUUCAGAUUUUUUUUCUUAAGGUAGAAAUGUAAAAGAUCCAAUAUUACACUCUCUCGGACUGUAAAAAUUCCAAUAACUGCCCUUGUAACAACAUGAAUCCUGAUCAAAAGCCCAAUGAGAUAGAAGACUUGCCAUUUGCUUCAAGUGGUCAAGGUCUUCAGGUAAGGCCACUGGGAGAAAAAUGAAAGGGCUGUUGAAGGAUGUGGAUUUUAGAUGUCAUCCUUGACCUACAGUGCAAUGUGUUACACUGGGAGCUUCCUCUUUUGGGUCCCCACGCAGCCUCACUCCAAGAGGCUGUGAGCUGAGAAGGUGCUCGGGAGCAGUGCAGGUGCAGCCGGUUGUACCUCCUCUGCUCUCACCCAGGCACUCCACAGAUCUGGUGCCGGUGUGGUACUUAACUCCAGUGUCUCUUGACCGGAUGUAUGUUUAUGUUCUCCCAGCAUGACUGUAAAUUCGAAACCUCAAGUUAGUUGCCUUUUUUUUUUUUUUUUUUUUUUUUCAAGAGGGAAUAAAUUCCAUCUAGAAAACACUAUUUUUGUUUUUAGUCUUUUUUUUGGAAGGUACAAAUUCUCUCUUUAGGAAAGCAGGCUACAAACAACUCAUGUCCUACCCUCUAGUACAGCAAUUGCUUUUUGGGAGAAAGAUUUGGGAAUAUGGAAAAGUCUUGCAAGCCUUUGGCAUAUGAAAUCCCAUUUUGUCUCUGAUGCCAUUUAUUCUUUCACGUUUAACUUCUCUUUUUCAGUGAAGUUUCUUUGAUUGUUUUGGACUACCUUUUAUUUGUUCUUCUCCAGGAUUGGCUUUCCACUCCAUGCUUUAUCCAUCACUGCCUGAUUUCAUCGCAUUUCCUGGAAUGCCCUAUGCUUUUUUAAUGUAUCAGUGGCUCAGAUAUAAAUGGGGGAGUGGACAAAGUUUUGAGGGCUCCAGUUGGUCCCUGGGAAAGUAGUUUGCAUUCUGCCUUGCUCCUGUCCUUAAUUCACCAGAGGUUUGUGACACUUAGUAAUUUAUAAGUGUUGCUCUGAGAGUGUGGAGCAGUAUCUGUCUCUUGUCCUGAGAAAGGUGCCUGUUUUGUGCUGUGAGAUGUGGCUAUGGAUGCCCGAAAAGCUGUAGCGAGUGAUGGAGGGUGCCAGCACUUGGCUGCUAUUGGGAUAUUUUUAGUUAAGAUCCAUUAUUCCCAGGAACUGAGCUUUAGCUGGGUCUCGGCUGGUGUGUUGGUAAUUGCAGUACAACAUUCAGUAAUUGCAAAGGACUUGAAACCCUCCUGGGGACAGCUCUUGCAAUCAGGGUGGCUUUUGUGUUGAAAACAGACUAGGGCCAAAAGCAGGGCUUCCGCUGCAGGGAUGUGACAAACAGGACUGUGUCCUUCGGACAUAACAGAAAUGUGGAGCCGGCCAAAGUACCAAAUCAGUUGGUGAAACAACCUCUGCUUUGUCUUUUCUGGGCAGCCCUGUUACUGCCUGAAGAGGUGAUGCCCUGAGCUGGAGAUGGUGAGAGGCUGGGGUGGCAGUAUGAGGGGUGGGAAGGUUUCAUAUGUGCUGCUCUGUUCCUGUACUCUUCCCCAGGCAUUUGCUGUGGCCAGUGCCAGAGACGGACAUGACCCAGUGUCACCAUUCUUAGACUCAUUCUUCUGUGGUUCCUCCAUACUCUACAGCAGCAAUAAUGAAAACUGAGGCAUUUAGGCAGUUCCACUUUCAGUCGAGUCCAAGGCACUGGUAUCUUUGUGACUGACCACCCUGCCGUAUGUUGUAGGUUAUGUCCUCAAGAGCUUGCAAAAGGUGCGAAACCACCACCUCUUUCCACAAAGAUUUGCACUGCUGGUCAGCCAUCCAGGCUGAAUCUUCACACUGGUCCUCUGCUAGCACAGCACAUUUCUGCAGCCACUGGAAAGCAUCUUCCUGUUGGAAAUCAUCUUUUUUUAUCCCUGACCCUCCCACAGGCAGUGAGCAAUGGGCUUCAGGUAGAAAGUCAAAGGACUAAAAGACAAACUCUCACCAAAGGAAAAAUGUCACAUCUUCAUUGAUUUUUAACUGGGCUGUGGCAGUUCAUAAUCACUCAUAGACCUGCCUGUAACAAGUGAUCCUGUGACUGAUGAACAGCACAGAAUUAGGCAGGCCACAUAAAUCCUCUGCCUGUGCUUCCUUUUCUGUAAAUUAAGUUUACAGAUACUUAUCUGUCUCUCACAGGCAAUAGUGUGGAGGAUAGUGAGUCACAGUGUUAGGAAAUCACUCUUAAGACACAGUCCACUAAAUCUUAAAAAAUAAUGAACUUUUAAAAAAUCUGAAAGGAAUCAAAUAAUUAAGUAUGCAUCAUGAAUUCAGAGUUGCAUUGAGCUAGAGUAUGAAUGACUGUGACAGAAAGGAGAUCCAACAAUAUGGAUUUGCUGGACUAACUCAGGGAGAAAAGGGGAGCUAGUGUCAGUGAGCUGCAUUUCAAAAAGUGGACGUGAUUUAGUCAAGGGGGGCACAGUGCCCUGUUAUAUCUGCCUCCUUCCAUCUCUACCUGGGAUGCCAUGAAAGCUUAGGUUCAGGUAAAAUAACAGACCUCACCAUGGAUGGUGACUAGGAGCCUUGACAGAUUUGUUUCUGUCUAGUUUCAAUGGAAGAAAGAGAUUUUCAACUAAAAAAUCAAGUUGUCUUGGUACUGUGGUUGAAAAGGUGGAGAAGAAGGAGGAAGAGCUGGAGGGUUGCAGGGGGAGCAUCACAGAGGACAGGGUAAGCAAGUGGAUAAAGAAGCUAAAACACUGAAGGAAGCAUUUUUUCUUUGGCAUUUUGAUACAGAUAGCAUCAAAAAGACUGAAGACAUUUGUCCAGCCUGUAACAGAGACAAUGCAUAUCCCUGCCUGCUGACUGGCCAGGAUUUGCAGGGAGAGGCAGACACAGAGUGCUGAUGUUUCUGAAGUGCGUCGUCACUGAGCAACAACGAAGCAUGCACCGUGCCAGCAUGGGGCUCUGAUAAGCUGCUGCUGGCUGCUAGCCAUAACCAUAGAGAAAUAACGGUACAGUUCUGAAUCGGGGAUUGACCCACAUUCCUCCUUGCAGGAUAGCUAGGACAAAUGCUCCUCAGAUAAAUGCAUGGUAGCCAUUAUUCUCUGAGGACAAAGACGACCUUGUUAUCUAUGCAAGCAUAUUGGUGAAAGCUACGUUCACUUGCUGUUUCAGUUUCAGGGCGGAGCAAAAAGGGUAUGACAAAUGAUCUGAAACUUUUUCCAGACAUUGGGUAACACGUUGAGACAGUUGCCACUGAAUAUUUCAAGUCUGAUGAGAAGUGAUCAAGCGCCUUAUUUGGCUCCCGUAGCUCUCUGUCCUCACAUCUGAGCACUAGCUUGGGAAGUUAAUGUUAACAUGGUAUUCAUUCUCCCCAUGGGGUCUUUACAGACAUUUGUGACCAGCAGGCACCAGUUCACAGAAUGCAGAAGUGAAUGCAUGCAGAAAAAGGUGAAAGAACACUAUCUCAAGUCACGCAAAGAACAAUCAAGCAGGCUAGGAGCAGACUUCGAAUCCUGAAGCCAAGCUUGUUGUUAGCUAACAACAAUCACCUACCUAAGAAAAUUAACAUCUGGGGGUUUAUAAAUAUAUUUGAGUACGGAUACCAGAGUAUUAAUAAUAUGUUAGUGCAGGAUGAUCACUUUGCUUUUUGGAGGAAUGGAAGGGGAGAAGUGUGGAAGUAGGAGAGUUAUCUUCCCUCUAGGAUGGAUUUUUUAAUAGAAAAGGAAGAAAAUCUCUUCCAUUGAAGAGUUCAUGGUAUGCUUACUUAUCAAAUUCUAUCUUAGUGUCAGCAGAUAUAUCAUCCUCAGCAGCUAUGAAAUUUCAUUUGGCUUUAACCACUGAUCUGAGUGCCAGCAGGAGGUGAGGACUGUGGACAUUUCAGCAGGCCAUCUGCUCUUACUUGAAGCCCUGCUCAAGAAACAUUUAUACUUAUCUUUCCUAAGGCCACAGAUGCUGUUUGCAAGGCAAGCAGGCCUACCGACAGGAACCAGCAUGAGGAAAUGAAUUUUGAGCCAACGCUGUUGUAAUGCAAUGUUAACGGUGUGGUUUUAAGCCACAGAGACCAAGAAAUUCGGUAUUAGAUGUUCCUUAGGAUAGCUUUCGCUUGUGCCUUCUGGUAGCAACGCUGAGAAAGUAAUACGCUUCUUUUGUAAGCAUGUAAUUAGUAACCGAAGCUAAACUGCAUAUGGCAUGUCGGUGCAACUUAAGUUAAUUGCAGUUGCAUGUUGCAGAAAGAAAUUACCAAGAGAAAUCUUCUCUGAAGGAAAGUGUUUACACAUGCCUGAAUCCCCCUGGAUUACAUCCCCACAGAAAGAAUUGAGCUUAAUCCUAAAAAAUACUACAAAUAUAACUGGUUUGGAUUGUAGCUUUUUUAAGAACCCGAAGGAAUGCCACAAAAUGGAUGGGCCAGGGCCUUUGCUGGUGUGCAUUAAUGUAAUUUCCUGAGCUUUCAGUGGCCUGUGGACUUCUGAUAGAGAUGAUAUCUCCUGAGCAGCAUAGGGGUUUGGUCUGGUCCUCUUAAGAUGAUCAUGUUCAGUAACACAGCAGUAAAGGAACAUUUUUAAAACUCAUUGGCUAUAACUAGAGGCAUUUUACGUGCUCACACUAUUCUUAUAACAUGGUGCCUCCCACGAGAAAAAUGUGGUUUCUUAGAUGGUCAAUGUUGAUGCAGAAGCAAACUUCCUCAUUUUUUUGAUCAGUUUUCCUUCUCUAUCCUUCUUGCAGAGUCUGCUUGGAGUCUGCCCAGACCCCAGCAGGACCAGGCUCCUACAGUACAUACUUAAAGAUAUUCCAGUCCCACGUGAGGACGUAGGCUGUCUCACAUCCUGUUAUGAGGGGAUGAAGAUGUAGCUUCAACUUUGGAGGAUGGGCUGGGCUGAAGAAAACCCUACUUCAUUAAGGCAAUACCUUAAUGACAUUUUACUCUGAAUAAGCCAAAUAAUUAUGACCAAGCUAGCCCAGCCCUGGCUGCCUCCCUGCUUUGCCCCACAACAGGCACUCUUGUUGACAUUACUUCCCUGAAGACCACUGUGGAGGUAAUGUGGUUGCCAUCCCAUGAAUAUUGCAGUCUUUUAAGAAUAUAGUCUUCUUUAGACUUUCUCUGUCACUAUCCUGGCUACACUUCCAUACGGUCAUCCACAAAGCCUGUACUGCACAGGAUGGGAGACCAUGCGUAGCACUACAGAUAGCUGAGCGUACCUCUGCUAAUGGGAGAUGAGCCUCUUUUUCUGAAUUGCUUCUUGUUUAUGGCAAACUGAGACUGACUCACUCACUGCUUUGUGAGGGUGAAGAUUUUGAUUAGAUUUUGAUGAAUCCCUCUAGAUUCAGGGACAGCAGGACCACCCCUAAGGCACAAGGAGUCUCUGCAGCAGAGGUACUCAAUCUGCCUUAUUAUCCUUAAAGGUGCCUUGUCCUGGUUCCCUUCAGGACAAAUUCCAAGCUGCUGUUUGGCUUUUGAAUAUAACUAUGCACCAAAGGUGAGAGACUCCAUUAUCCCUGGAGACAGGAGGGAGAACAUGAUGUCCUGGUGUGGGACAGGGAAAGUGAGUUUCUUUUCUUUAUCCUGUAAGCUCUCUGUCAGCAAUCCUGUCUCUGAUACGUGUAUGCGUGUGUGUGCUUUCACUUCUACAUGAACGCAAAUUGCUCUAAUUAGGAGGGAGCGUUCUUGUAUUUUUAUAUGCUAAGCCAUUUGAUUAAUUACUUUAGUAAAAUGACAUACAGAUGAACUCUGAAAUUCACUGCCAUCUGCUCCAGUACAAUCCAGUAUCACUGAUACAAAGGUAUCUGCCUUCGGAUAAAACCUAGUCCUUAGAGUUACCACUCCAUUGAGUAAGUACUUGUGCCAUGUGGGUGUGUUGAUCCUUGUGAACAUCUGUUAACUGUUCUUUUAAAGCUAUGGGUUUGUUCUAUGUGACUGGUUCUGUAUCAGCCUUUUUAUUAUCUACCAAGAACAGAUGUAAGUGCACAUGUGCAAAAAAAGACCAUAUUGCUGUGUCUGGGGGUGUGUGGCUCUGGGGUAGAUAUUACAGAUGUUUACUGUGUAGUUUACUGUGUACUGUUACUGUUUUACACCCUUCAGUGUAAAAACCCUCCCUGCCUGCCUGGGGAGAAAGCAGUCCUGUGGCUCAGGUUGAGGUGGUUUGUUGUGCUAGGAAGGUGGCACAAUAGGAUGCACUCUCUCUUUUUCCCUUCGCUCAUGGAAAUGUAUAUUUGUUCUCUCUUCGUGUAGCUUCUCAAUCUGAAAUAA